GGUCCGUGGGGUGGCACGGGGAUGGCUGCGUCCCUUUGGGGGGGACAAGGGGGUCUGUGGGGUGGCACGGGGACCGCUGCGUCCCUUUGGGGGGGGACAAGGGGGUCCACAGGGACAGCCGGGAUGCUGGGGUCCCCUUGGGGGGACAACGGGGUCUACGGGGACGCCUGGGUCCUCACCUGUGGGUGGGGGUCACCCACCUGCACCCCACAUUCCGGGGCUCUCCCCCCACUUCCUGCCCGUGGUGGGUCCCUGAGCCAGGAAAAUGAGGGAGGGGGGAGCCAGAAGGGGGUCCCCACGCUGGCACCCCACACCUGGGGGUCCCUCAGCCCCCCUCCUCUCGCCUGUCUCCCCUCCCGCAGCACCAUGGAGCCGCAGCUGGGCCCCUACCCCGCCCUGUACCCCCCCGCCGGCCCCUUCCCCGCUGUGGGGCAGCCCCAUUGGGAGCCCCGGCCCCCCGAGGCCCCCCCAGGGCCCUGGGCCCCCCCGCGGGGCGAUGACCCCCCCAGCCACCUGGACCCCUUCUCCCAAGCCUUUGCCAGCCGCCUGCCGGGCAAGGCCUGGGGGGCCGGGACCCCGGUGGCCGGGGGGGUCACCCCCCCGCCGGGCUACCUGCCCUACAGUGGGGCCCCCCCCGAGGAGCCCCCCCCCGCCUGCCUCUACCAGGACCUGCAGCCCCCUCCCUGUGCCCCCCCUGCACCCUUCCAGGGCCCAGCCCUGCAGGGACUGGGGGGGCCCGAGGGCUUCACCGGACUCCUGGGUGCCCCGGACUGGGUGCCCGAUGGGGCGCGAUGCUACCAGGACCCCAACCGCUAUUUCAGGGGUGCCGAGUUGCCUUUCCCAGGGGUCCCCCCAUGGCCGGAGGGGUCCCUGGGGGAGGUGGGGGGGGGUUGUGAGCUCAGCCCCCCCUGGGCAGCGGGCACGGCCCCCCCCGAGGCCCCACGGGACCCCCCCGGCAGGGGACGGGCUUCCCCCUACCGAAGCCGCCUGGGCCUGGGGGGGGGGCCCCCCCGGUACCGACCGCCCCCCAUGUUGGACCCAGGGCGUGGGGGGCCGGGGCUGUUUGGGGGGCUGCUGGCGGGCGUCAGCCCCCCCGGGGCCGCAGACCCCUUGCGCCUCUCGUCUCCGCAGAUCAAUGUAGGCCCCAGCUUCCAGGCAGCCGUGCCGCCGGCGACGGGGGGGGGCUGCGAGCAGGACCCCCCGGGGGGGGCUGCGCUGGCUUGGAGUCCCUGGCCCGGGCUGGAGGGGGACCCCGAGACCCAGCAGCAAGUGGAGACCUUGCUGGACCUGGCCUGCUCCAGCGCCCUGCCCGGGGGGGGCACCAACCGGGAGCUGGCCCUGCACUGCUUGGCCCGUGCCGGCGGCAGCCUGACGGGCGCCCUGGAGCUGCUGCUGCUGGGGACGCCCGCCUGGCCGUGGGCAGACCCCUUGGCCGGGUACCACUACACCGGCAGCGACGCCUGGACUCCCCGGGAGCGGCGGCUCUUCGCCAAGGCCCUGGCACGGCACGGGAAGGACUUUACGCGGAUCCAACAGGCGGUGCCUUCCAAGCGGAUGACGCAGUGUGUGGAGUUUUACUACCUGUACAAGUCGCGGCUGGGACAGACACAGAAGCAGACACCACCCGAAGCCCUCGGCUCUCGCUUCCCCUGCAAGCUCUGCGGCAAGAUCUUCCCCAAGAUCAAGAGCCGCAACGCCCACAUGAAGAUCCACCGGCAGCAGGAAGGCUGGGGGGGGCCCCCGCUCCUGCCCCCCCCGUGGCCCCCCGGCCCCCCUACCAUUAUGGGGGGCAUACAGCAGCCCCUGGCGUGAAGCGCCCACCCCCCUCAGACUGGGGGUGUCCCCUGCCCACCCCCCCCCAAACACGAAUGAGGACGGAG